UGUAAGCCGUUGGACUCUGUCUGUCUGCGGAGAGUCUCCGGUAUGGGCAGCAGCCUCACUCCUCAACUUUUUAACGGAGAUUUUACCACUUAUACUUUACAUUUGACACGGGUUAUAUCGUCUGGAAAUGGAUUUCUGAACGGAAUAAGCCGAAAGUGAGCCCGACGUGAGUUAAGCCGACCGUUUAAACACAUUUUUUUUGGUUGUUGUUCGAGUUGUUGAAGGAAGAGGGAAAAUGCCAGUUGCAACUCUUCUGCCUUUUACCGCGACCCCGAAUAGGAAGUCUGCCAGCCCGACCUCUUUCAGGUUGACAGAGAAAUUUAUUUUGUUAUUAGUGUUCAGCGCUUUUAUAACCCUAUGUUUCGGGGCCAUUUUCUUCCUACCGGACUCGUCCAAGCUGCUUAGCGGAGUUUUCUUUCAUUCCUCCGCGGUGGAGACCAACACCCGCACCGGUCCGGACAGCAGCGAUUCGGGUUCGUCUGGAAACGACGAGAGGGUCCUGGCCAAAAUCAGGAAAGACCACGAAAAAGCUCUGUUAGAGGCUAAGGAUACUCUACAAAAACGACCCGACGAGAUAAAACAAGACAUUAUAAAUGAGAAGAAGAAAGUUGCGACGGGGAGUAUGGGUCAAGGUGGGAAUGAUGUCAAUAAUUUACCUUUCGUUGAGUAUCACCGCCCGCCCGGGGCGACUGGACACGAACCUCUGGACCCAGAAACCAAGGAAAGACGGGCUAAAGUCAAAGAGAUGAUGAAACAUGCGUGGGACAGCUACACGCGCUACGCCUGGGGUUCCAAUGAGCUCCGGCCCGUCUCCAAGCAAGGCCACUCCAGCAAUCUAUUUGGCAGUAUAAAGGGAGCAACAAUAGUGGAUGCUCUGGAUACCCUCUAUAUCAUGGAAAUGUUUAAAGAGUUCGAUGCUGCUACUGAGUGGGUAGAGAAGAACCUUGACUUUAAUGUGAAUGCAGAAGUGUCUGUGUUUGAGGUGAACAUCCGGUUUGUUGGAGGUCUGCUGUCCGCCUACUACCUGUCUGGGAAAGAGGUAUUCCGUAGGAAAGCAGUGGAGCUGGGUGAAAAGCUGCUGCCAGCCUUCAAAACGCCUACCGGCAUCCCCUGGGCUCUGCUUAACCUCAAGAGUGGUAUUGGUAGAAACUGGCCCUGGGCAUCAGGGGGCAGCAGCAUCCUGGCAGAGUAUGGCACCCUGCAUCUGGAGUUCAUGCACCUCAGCAAACUCUCAGGGAAUCCUGAAUUUGCACAGAAGGUAAUGAACAUCCGGAAAGUACUGAAUCGCCUGGACAAACCCCAGGGGCUGUACCCCAACUACCUGAACCCCAACAGCGGCCAGUGGGGCCAACAUCAUGUGUCAGUGGGUGGCCUAGGUGACAGUUUUUAUGAGUACCUGCUCAAGGCCUGGCUGAUGUCUGACAAGACUGAUGAGGAAGGCAAGAAGAUGUACUACGAUGCCCUGCAGGCAAUCGAAACCAACCUGAUGAGGAAGUCGAGCAGUGGCCUGACCUACAUAGCGGAGUGGAAAGGGGGGUUGCUGGAGCAUAAAAUGGGUCACCUGACCUGUUUCGCAGGCGGCAUGAUCGCUCUGGGUGCUGAUGGGGCGUCCGGCGACAAGACGGGCCACCAGAUGGAGCAGGCUGCCGAGAUCGCCCGGACCUGUCACGAGUCAUACACUAGAACCGCGUUGAAGCUGGGUCCCGAGGCGUUUCGCUUCGAUGGCGGGGUCGAGGCCAUCGCCACCCGACAGAAUGAGAAAUACUUCAUCCUCCGUCCCGAGGUCAUAGAGACUUACAUGUACAUGUGGAGGUUCACCCACGACCCCAAAUACAGGGACUGGGGCUGGGAGGCUGUUCAGGCCUUGGAACAGCAUUGUAGAGUAGAAGGAGGCUACAGCGGCGUCAGAGACGUCUACGCUUCAACUCCCAACCACGACGAUGUACAACAGAGCUUCUACUUGGCCGAGACACUCAAGUAUCUCUACCUGCUGUUCUCCGAGGACGACCACCUACCGUUCGACCACUGGGUCUUUAACACCGAGGCUCACCCUCUGCCCGUCAUCAGGAAGGACAAAACAGACGGACCCAACGAAGUGGAGUAGUGGACCCUCCUGCGCUGAAACCCAAAACAAGUGCGAGCACCUCUGAUCCUGUAUACCUGAGCCUCCAUCUGUCUGUCUGAAAGCAGUUUAGCCGUUUGGAGUCCCCAAUGGUUGCAGACGCCUCUUGAUUGGAUUUCACUCUUUAUUUCUAAUGGGAUCCAAAUAGAAUUCAAGUCUGUUGGCGCUGAAUUCUUGCUGUAGAAUCCAGUUUUGUUUUUUGCUUUAGUUUUUUCUCUUUUAGCGAUUCAACUCGGGUUGAGUCCAGACGCUGACCUGAACCAACAUUUUUGCUACCUGAUAAUGUAAUAAGUCAUCAAAAGGAUGCAGUGAAAUCAUCAGAGAAGUAAUAUUCUUGAAUUAUAAAAUACUCUCUGAAGAUCUCAUUACAUUAAAUUGGCAGUUUAUUUCACUACCAGGUUUUUUUUUUUUUACACAUUCAGAGGGACAGUCUGACCACAUGAUUCAUCAGUGAUUUUGUUGUUUGUAGCUACAGCUCUGACUGUUUUGUUUUUGUGAAAGAGAACACUGACAGACCCGAACCAGUAGUCUCCCCUAAUGUGGAUAUUUUGGACCUGAGCUUUGGGCACCAAACUCUCUGAGUCUGAGGGUUACAAGACUGACUUAGCGAGCUAAAAGACGCUCCGUUCACUUCACAUGCGUCGUCUUUUAACUUCCGCUGUACCGCUUCAUAAUAACUCAAUAGGAACCAGAUUCUCUGCGCCAACGCUGGUGCCGCCGCCACCACCACCCCAACUUCUGCAUCGUCUUCAGAGAAGCAUGUGGUGGUCUCUGUGGGAGUAAAGGAAAGCCGCAGCACAACCCAAGCCUCUUUUUCUAAACCCACAGUACUUUUAGACCCCGCCCCCUUUCCUCCCUCUCAGCUAGGUGUGACACAGGACAACCAGCCACACCAGCUCUCUACCUGCCAGUAAAUUCACUUUCUCACGACGUUUACACAAAGCUGUCUCCUCUUCUUCUUCUGCUUGUCUCAUCCUUAGUUCAUCUGUAUCUUUUUGGAUUCUGCAUUAGUUUUUCUUUCUCCUGUUUGCACUGAUAUUUCUGGGGUUUGACCGAUACAGGUUUUUUCAUAGCUGAUGACUUCUCAGUUUAAACUGACAGCCAACAUGUUUGCAGUUUUACACUCAGUAUUUUAUUUGUUGCUAAAUCAAUGAUUCCCAGGUUGUGAAAGUAAAAGAUGCCAUUGUCUGAGCAAAAGAAAUAGAAAAUAUGUUACCCCAAGGUAACAAGGUCUCAACCACAUUUCAUGGUCAAUUCAUGGUGAAUUUCAUAGUGAAUUGUUUUUAAAUUAAUUACUUAUUUUCCGACAAACAAUCUAGAAAAGCCUUCACACUAAAUAUUAUUGUGGGGUUUAGGUCUCUUGAAAUGAAGGAAUGUGAUCUUAUUUCCUUCUUUUGGUGUCUUGAUGUUCCACAAACAGCUUCUGCAGAUGUUAAUGUCCUUACAUGUUUAAUAUUUGCAUGCAUAAGAACAGAAUCUUUAGACCCCGGGACACUAAAAGUCUUCACUAAAGAGGAUAUUUAUUGAUUUAUCUUCAGCAAACCUGUGUGUCGGUCGAACCCUCUUUUUGUUGUUGUAUCGCUGCUUCAUAUCUCCAUCCUCCACCUCCAGAGUAGUGCAGGCUGAAGGAUCUUCUCUCCUCUAUGAGGAGACGUGGACACCGGACUUUGCUGUAAUAUUUCUUCUUCAAACACACACAGAAACACUCACACAGAAACACUCACACACAAGAAGCCAUACUGAUUCAAUACAGCUUUACCAUUC